UCCACGCAACUCAACUCGUCAAAUUACGGAGAGGAAGCCGUUUCCAACUUUCUCUCCCAGGCAGAGAAAAGCUGAAUCUCUCGGAUUCCUCGACGACAAUGAAGAAAUCAGGAGUUUUGAUGGCUUCCAUGGCUGCAGCUUCUGCUACCGCAAUCUCUGCUUCGUCCACUCCUUCCUCCUCUGAUUUCUAUGCCAAUUCGAAGAUCCAACCUUCUCGGGAGGACUCUGUAUCAAGCAACGGUCGAGACAAUUCCUCUUCACGGAGACAGCCUCCGGCGGACAAAUUUGCGCCGAGGUUUGACGGGUUGAGAUUCAUUGAAACACUGGUCACAGCUCACCGAUGAACAACACCCACAUAAGGACGAUCAUCUCAUAAUUUCAGUGUUUUUACAGGAAAAUAUGUGUGAUCAAUUCCUUUCUUUUGUUUUUCUCCCUUUUUAACAAUUUUAGGAGGAUAAUUCUUACUUAGGAGAUAGAGAUGAUGAUGAUGAUGAUGAUGAUGAUGAUGAUGAUGAUGAUGAAAAAUAGGGUGAAGGUGGGAUCGAAUUGCAUGAGAAUAAUUGCUGAAUUGUAACAUAAAAAUUUAUUCUGUAGUUCUACAGUUAAUGGAAUGAUUUGAAUCUUUGAUCUCU